AUGCUCGCCAACGUUGCCCUCCUCUUCGCCUCGGCCGUCGCCGCCUCCCCCCUCGCUGCCCGCACCGUCCCCAAGCACAACGACUACUCGUGCAAGUCAUCGGUCCAUCCCAACCCCGUCGUGCUCCUCCACGGCCUCGGCGCCACCUACUACGAAGACAUCAACUUCCUCGAGGACUACCUCCAGCGCAACCAGUUCUGCACCUUCACCCUGACCUACGGCGACUACCCCAACUUCCCCUUUGUCGGCGGCCUCAAGUCCGUCGACGAGUCGUCGCAGCAAAUCGCCGACUUUGUCCGUGACGUCAAGAACAAGACGGGCGCCGCCAAGAUUGAUCUGGUCGGUCACUCCGAGGGCGCCUUCCAGUCCAUCUACACGCCCAAGGUCAAGGGCAUCGCCGACAUUGUCGAGCGUGUGGUUGCCCUGGCGCCGCCUACCCACGGCACCACCUUUGCCAACCUGCGCAAGCUGGCGGACAUUCUCUCCCUGAACCCGCUUGUCAACACUGUCCUCGAGACCUUUGGCUGCCAGGCCUGCGUCGACCUCUCUACUGGCGGUGAUGCCAUCAAGAAACUCAACGACGGCAAGCCUAUUGCCCAGCCUGGCAACAAGGUCACUGUCAUCACCUCCAAGUAUGACGAGCUUGUCACCCCUACUACCACUUCUUUCAUAGACGAGGCUGGCGUCAACAACAUCUACGUCCAGGACUACUGCCCGUACGACCCCGUUGGCCACAUUGGCGAGGCCUACGACACCAAUGUCUGGAACUUGAUCCUCAAUGCUCUCGAGGAUAAGACUGGCCGCAAGUUCCUCUGCCUUGCUGGCAGCCCCGGCAAAUAA